AGUCUUUGACUUUGGUGAAAAUAAAUUUUGAACUGAUGCCGCACUGAGUUGAAGUCUGAAAACCCCCACAAAUGGAGCUAUAUUAUUCUUUGAAAUGAAAAUAUUUCCCAACCAUGGCUGUGAGAUUUGGUCAUCGAGGUCUGACUGUGGGUAGAUGCCACGUAUCUGUGAGGAACCUCGUUGUGAUGUGGAUUCUUCUAUUUUUUGUGUGUGGUUGGUUUUUCUUCAUGGUAGAUCAUAGGCCAGCAGGAUGCAGGCAUGAAGACAUGCUACAGUAUGUGUGCCGGUACUACUCUAAAGGUGUUAUCACAGGGAAGAUGUGUCCGAGGCUCUGCCAAGGGAAAGAGUUUGUCUUUACAAGGUGUUUAUCAAGGAGCCUAGAGCACCAGGUCUAUGAGGUUGAGGUGAGGCAGGCAAAAUCUUUGAUAAAGGAUCGAUAUCUUGUCCACUGGACCCACGACCCCAAGGAUGGAGACUACCAGAGACCAGCAGAUGGGUCUUCGAUGGAAGAUCUCCGACACAUGCUGUCGGCUUUUCUCAAACUGCGGUUAGGUGAGGGUGACUUCGGUCAAUUCCAGACAAAGAUUUUUGACGUUGCUGACAUCAAUAACGACGGGAAGGUGUCGCUGGCGGAGGCAAAGACGCUUUGGGGACUUCUACGUGGCAACGACUUCCUGCUCUUGAUGGCUCUGUCAAAGAGCGAGGUCAUACCAAAGCUGGAAGGGUUCUGCGGGGAUAUCUAUGUUACAGAGGGAGUCCAGGUCUAUGAUAUCUAUGGACCGAAUCAAAUCCAUCCUGGUAUGCUUGGAAGUUUCUUCAGUGGGGACACACUCAGCUGGGCGCAGGGUGCCCACAUAGUGCUGGGCGUGAUCGAGUUCGUAGAGGAGAUCAUCGACAACCCCCUUGGGAAUUUUCUCAUGUGCAGCGUCACCCCGCGUAGCAUAGGCUACACCCGCAAGCACGAUGCCAAGCUUCUGAAUCUCCAAGAUAUUUCCCCUGAAGUUAAGGUAGAAGGGGAACUGAAGGAGAGAAUGUGUCAGACAGAUAUUGACUGUAUAUAUGGCUCCAACUGUCAAUCUCCUUGCGAUAUGGCAAGCCAUAAAUGCCAGAGUGAAGUGACCUAUCCUAAUUUAUACAAAAUGUGCCAGCUCCUGGAACCAGUACUAUUCAACGGCAUACCAGCUGAAAUAAAGGACAAAUUGAGGUUGGCUAUUGACCGGUGUAAAGGAUUAAGACACAGCGGUCGUAAAAUGGAUAUGGAGCACUCGCUGGUGAUAAACGACAUCAAAGGUGUAAUAUGGAGACAAAUAUCUGAUUCAAAUUCAUGAUAGAUGUCAAAAGAUCCCAAAAUUUUAUAUAUAUUUCUUACCAGGAUCCCGUUUCACAAGGUUGUUUGUAAAGUUACGCAUGACUUUAUGCAGAACUGGAAUAUGUUCUUAUGUGCUAAAUCAGCUACAUAGGAUAUGUUAUUUAAGUAAGAAAAGGUCACCAGUUGUGCAUAAAGUCAUGCGUAAAGUUAUGGGUGAUUUCAAAAUAGCUUUACGAAAUGGCAUGCAGGGUACCAAUUCAUCAGCGUGUAGCUUGGUAUGAAUAAGAAAUGCAUGAACAUUAUUUCUAUCAUUGGUCACUGCUAUGAUUUGUGGUGUAUUCAAACUUCAUCCUUUGGUACGUAACAUUAACAACCAUGUCCUUCUCCAUUUUCAAUGUGGCAGUUUUUAAAUAAUCACAUGGGUAUUGUGAUCAAACAUUAAACAGAAUAAGGCAGAGUCAUCAAUAAAAUUGCUACAUGUACUACAGAUCAAGGAGCUUUUUAAAUUUCUCAUAAUUUUGUCACUACUACGAGAUUUGUGAUAUGGAAUCCUGAUGUGAGUUAGACUACAACAUCGACCUUUAUCGAUCCAAAAGUGUGUGAUUGAAAAAUAAAUAAUGCCGAAAUAUUGGAUAAGGUGAAAGCUUUAGAGUACCGAAGUGAUGGGGUCACAAUUCUUUUUUUAAUUUCAGCGUUUUUUAUACCAUGCCUCUGGGGGAAAUGAUGAAAAAAAACAUAUAACCCAAAUUUGGUUGGCAUUAGCCCCAUCGAAGUCAAUGUAUUAUUGACCUGAUUCAUAACACUUAGAACCAGGCCAAUAAUACAUUGACUUCAAUGGUGCUAAUUAUGUAUUCAGGAGGUCAUACCUUGGGGACCCAUGGACUGAUUCCCACCACUUUGGGUUAUGGAGGUUUUUCAUCAUGCUCAACUGAAAUAUGAUAUCAAAAAGGGUAGAUGCAAAAAAAAAGGAAAUUUGAUGACAUCACACAGCAAAUAAUGAUAUUCCUGAGAAAGUCUCUAAAAUCAAGGUUAAUUGUCACAACAUCAUUUAGAUUUGGUUCAUUUACAUAAACCUAACUCUGUGAAAUCAGGAUAUCUAAGCUGAAAAUUUACCACUCUGAAAUCACAAACACAGAUAAGCACAUGUGGGGUAGUGUAUCGUAUAUAUUAUUGCUUGGAAAAAUACCAGACACCUGGCUGGACUGGCAUGCUUUGUUUUUUUAAUUUCUCAGCAAUUGCACAAUUGAUGAUUGCAGAAUCAUUUGGUACAUAGUUUAUUCGGUGGUUAUUGGAUUCUGUUCCAACCCAUUUUAGAUUAUUACAACUGGCUUUAUGUUGUAACUUCUUAAUGUUUCCAUAGCAAAGAAGGAUAGUCUAGUAGGUUUCACGGUACACCAUGUAUCUUUCUUGGGCAGGUGUUGGUCCUAAAAAGGACCACCCAAACUCAACGUUUCGACAAGUGUGUUCUUGUCGUCUUCAGGAGAAUGAGCAAAGUUUGUAAAAGCAGGUCUAAUGUACUCUGUCAAGGUGCUCUAUGCACGGUGCCUUGCAGGGUACAUGUCUCUGAUUGGCUGGAUAAGUCACAUAGUGACAGCACACAUAUUGGCUGCGCAAAACAGCGAAAACAGGAAAUGCCGCCAAUAAUCAUUCCCGCCAAAGUGGCAUGAAUGACAAAAGCUGCCAAUUGUGGCCGUGUCACUGGCUUUAUGUUUUAACCAAAUUAAGGGUGACUGGUGUAGUUUUUUUCACUAAUUGAAAUUGUUAUAUCUGGAGAAAAAAACUCCUAUUAUGAAAGGGAUGUAUACGCCUAACACCAUAUACCGUAGCAUUAGACAAUAUAUUGGAUGAGUGGCCUGUAGGCCUUGUGAGAUUAGACCACAUGGAAUUAGACCAAUUGGUGAUUAGACUAAUGGUUCAUAUACAAGAAGGAAUUACAUGUACAUGUAGAUAUAAUGGUAUUAGACCAAAUGGCAGUAAGAUGAAUGGUUCAGAUACAAAAUGGGAUUAGACCAAGUGGAUAUAGAUACAAUGUAAAUGGUUCAUAUACAAAAUGGGAUGAGAUAUAAUGUGACUUAGACCAAAUGGUUAUAGAUAAAUUGUUCAAAUACAAGAAGGAAUUAGAUGUAAUGGUACUAGACCAAAUGGUUAUAGAUGAAUGAUUCAUA